GUGGCGAGGGGGGUGGCGGUGGCACGGGGGCGCAGGGCGCACCGGUGAUGGUGGCUCCCCUCGAAGCGCUGGCGACCCCCUGAGAGAGAUAGCGAGAGCGAGACCCCCCCGCACACCAACAGCAGCCCCCAGCCCCUUCCCGGCCCGGGUGGAUGCGGCCCGGGGUGUCUGGCUGCCAGCGCGGAGCGAGCAGAUGCUGGGGGGCCGGAGGAGGAUGGAGUGCGCCCUGGACGCCCAGAGCCUGAUCAGCCUCUCCCUGCGCAAGAUCCACAGCUCCCGCACCCAGCGCGGGGGCAUCAAGCUCCACAAAAACCUGCUGGUCUCCUACGUGCUCCGCAACGCCCGGCAGCUCUACCUGAGCGAGCGGUACGCCGAGCUCUACCGCCGCCAGCAGCACUACCAGGAGGGCGGCCUCCUGCUCGGGGCGCCACCAGGCUGCGCGCCCGCCGGAGAGAUCCCCCCGGAGUUCAGCCCGCUCCAGCUGGCGGCCGAGCCCGAGGACCCGGAGCCGGGCAUGCAGCAGCCGCGGAGCUGCGGGCUAGGCUGCGCGGCUGGGGGAGCCCUGGGAAGAGGCGGCGGCGACCUGCUGGAGGUCCCCGUGUGCGCUGCGCUCCUGCCCGGUGCGCCCCAGGAGGACGAGCCGCUGGAGCUGCAGCCCAGCCCGCCCCAGCAUCCGCAGCCGGCGACCCCUUCGGCGCUUCGCAGAGACUCUUCCCCCGGCUUCUACCGGGGCGGCGGCGGCAGCAGCGCUUCUCCGGGGCUGCUUUACCCGGUGCCGACGAGCUGUGACUUCGGCAGCCCGGCGCCUCCGGGUUCGGCCAUGAGCUCAGCGAGCGGCGGCGCCUCGGCGCAUUGUAGCAGCCGCACCACGGUGCUGGACCUGGACACCCAUGUGGUGACCACGGUGGAGAACGGCUACCUGCACCAGGACUGCUGCUCGCAGUGCCCGUGCUGCUGCCAGGGCGCCGCGGGACUCGGCGCCCCGCCACCUACCCCGGGCACCAAGCGCAAGUACUACCCCGGGCAGGAGGACGAGGAGGACGGGGACCCAGGAGGGGUGGCGGUGGGGGGCGGCUCCCCCUUCUCCCUUUGCAGCAAGCGAGCCCGCUUCGAGGACUUCAGCCCCGAGCAGCCCCCGGACUCUUCCAACAUCUCCAACUUGAUCUCCAUCUUCGGCUCCGGCUUCACGGGGCUGGUGAGCCGGCAGCAGGCGGACUGUGAGCAGCCCCUGAACGGGCAGCUGUGCGGCAAGCAGGCGCUGGCCAGCCUGGGAGCCUGGACUCGAGCCAUCGUAGCGUUCUAGGGGCGGGGAUGGACGCGGGGGGGAGCGAUCCCAGGGACACGGACUCCGGAGGGGCCCCUGAAACAAAGAGGGGGCGGGCGGGGGAGGGGAAGGUGAGCUCAUGUUUUCUAAACUGUACAAUAAAAAUCGCAGAUCUUGGGACUUUAUUUUUGCAGAGAUGAAAAGCACCUAUUUAACUAUUCCGUGUGUCCGCUCGGGCUCUUUUUGUAUGGAGUGCGGGGGCGACUCGAGCCCGGGAGCCUGCCACGUGAGGCGAGGGCUGCUGCCCCG